AUGCUGCCAACGUCGAUCGUACGCAACCACUUUUUCGGCAGCGCACGGCUGCCAUGCUCGUUUUACCGCGGUGGAACGUCAAAGGGUCUCCUCUUCUCAACUCCAACGCUUGCCGCCUUCGACAAUGCGACUCGUGAUCGGAUCAUAUGCCGAGCGAUGGGCUCUCCUGAUCCCGACAAGCGCCAAAUCGAUGGGUUAGGUGGAGGCAUCAGCUCGCUUUCCAAGACGGCGAUCGUCGGUCCUCCUGACUCGGCGCUGGCAGAACGUCUUUCGAGACUCGGAACAAGCUUCAAAGACGGCAUUGAUUAUGCCGACGAUGAAACACUCGCUUCGGAUGCUGAAAAGGGGUGGGAUCUGGUAUACCGGUUUGGUCAGGUGCCUGUGCAGGAGGGUACCCAGAUCGACUGGACAAGUACGUGCGGUAACUUGGUAUCUGCGGUUGCGCUCUUUGCGCUGCAUCAAGGCCAUGUCCAGCAAGAGAGGAUUCAUCGCGUGUUUCAGGAGCUCCAUCACAGACCUGCAGAAGCAGGCGAUUGCUUCGGCUUUCGCGUCAGACUGCUUGUUGCGUGCUCUGGGCAGAUUGUUCGCGCGCACGUCCCCGUCACACUCUACACUGCCAACAACACCACAAUGUGGUACCCUGAUCUCGAAGGCGAUCACUCCAUCUCGGGUGUACCCGGCACUGCACCGGGCAUGCUUAUCGAAACACCGCUCGACUCGUCCUCUCUGCUUCCCACCGGAAACCAGAUCGACACCGUCUCGCUCGAAAACUCGAGCUAUCCGGUCACCAUCAUCAACGCCGGUCUUCCGACCAUCUUUAUCGCUUCGCACUCGCUCUCUUCCACUUUGGACGUAGAUCAACUUGGUACACUUUCGCCAUCCGACUUGGACUCCAACGUUGCGCUCAUGACCUUGUUAGAAAAGCUCCGGAUUGGCUCGGCUGGACUUACUGCAAUGCUGCAGAAAACGCUUAGUCCAUCGGCCCCCAAGAUUUGCAUUGUGCACCCGACGCCUGUUGGGGGGUAUACGACUACGGGCGGAAAACAUAUUGGUGCCAGCGAGAUGCAUCUGCUCAUACGAGCCGUCAGUGUGGGCAAUGUGCACAGAACAGUGCCUGCAACGUGUUUGUCCGCACUCGCUGCAGGAAGGGCGUUUCCAAACUCGACUAUCCAACACGCCGUACAGGCUGGUGCCAAGUGGCAACGCGAGCCAUCACAAGACGUCGUCUCAAUCCGUGUAGGCCAGCCAGCAGGCGUCUCAGAGGCAAGUGUCAAAGUGCGUCCGCCGACACAGAGUGAACAAUCCAACCGCCUCGCACGUAUCCCCGAGUCCAUUGUCUACUAUCGCACCGCCAGACGCAUCAUCCAAGGAUCCAUCGAUGUGCCCCUCUCCAUGAUCUCGUCCUAG